CAGGGUCACCUAAUUCUUCUACUUCGUAUUUUUGUUGUUUUAUUUCUUUAAGUCAUGUUGUAGCUACUGAUAAUAUUGACAAUCGUCUAAUUAGAACCCUGUAAAUUAGUAUGUUGACAUUCGUAAAUGCUACUUGGUAAUGGAAGAAUUUACAACUACUGAACUAGGCCGUCUCUGAUAAUGCCGAAGGACCCCCCUCUUGUCAAGAGAGACGAUGUGAAAAAGAAAGUGAGCAAAAGGCUGGGGCAGAAGAGGGAGAAGUACCUCCCCGAGAGCCUCCCCCUGCUUCUGCCCCCCUGUAAGAUCUGUGGGAAAAAGGCCUCAGGGAUACAUUAUGGGGUCAAUACGUGUGAAGCAUGCAAGGGAUUUUUCAGAAGAUACUUAAAGAGGAAAGAUCCCUACAUUUGUAGUAAAGGCUGGGACUGUGACUUAGAGAGUAAAUCUAAGGGACCCCAUUGUUCAGCUUGUAGAAUGAAGAAAUGUCUCGCCCUGGGCAUGUCAAAAGAAGGAGUCAGACAGGGACGUUACACAUUAACAGAGCGAACAAAUCGAAUCUUAGCAUUCAAAAAAUCUCAACAAAUGGAAAGUGAUGAAUGGGACAGUUACAGCUCCGGAUGUAAUCCAACUGAGUCAGAAAUAAAAGACAGUAAUUCCGGAUGUAAUCCAGAUAGACCAAUAAAAAGUGAAAGUGAUGGAAGCCAUACGGAUAUGAGUUGUGGUACAUCCACUGACAUAGACUCGCUGAGUGAGCGUCUCCACAACACAUUCUACGACAAUUGUUCUAAACACUCAAUGUCACUCGAGUUGUCGAGUUUGACAAAACACACCGGUGACAGUCCGGGCGAAUAUAGUAGCGCUGAGUCCGUGUGUUCACCUGCAGGGAAGUGUUCGUCUAAGAAUCCGGAUUCCCCGGAGGGUUCGGAUUUACCUGACGUGCAGGAAGUGGUGGACACUCUUGUGAAGGCCUAUAAACAUUUACAACAUUUCACUCAGUCAAUCACUGACGAGGAGAUCAAACAGAGACUUGAAAUAGGAUAUGCAAGACAUAUGGAUAAAAUUACUCUCUUCGGAAACAUGGACCCCAUUCCCACCAAAGAAUACAACGAGAUCUAUGAGAAAACAAAUAUAGAUGUGGACAGUCGCACUCAAAAUUCCAGCACCCGACGAGAAGAAUUUGGGCUGGCCAUGGCUGAUUAUGUAGCCUUCAGUAACGAGAUACCUGGAUUUAAUGAGCUUUCUGCUCGAGACAAAGCCAAUUUAGUUAAAGCAUCUCGAUUAGAUUUUUUCCUCAUUCUUGAGUAUCGAGCCAAAGACCCUGAGACUGAGAUGAUGAUCUCAUACUCGGGCCGAGCUGCUCAUCUCUCGGAGGCCUGCGCUUAUCUCCCAAAAGACCUCCUGAAGUCCUGGUGGAACCUCACUUAUGAUCUCAGGAAACUUCAACUAACUACAGAGGAGCAUGCAGCCCUUUUAGCCCUGUGUCUGAUGUCAACAGAUCGUUGUAAAGUAGAAUCCCCCAAGACAGUUCAGAAGAUAGAGAGUGUUCUAGUGAAAACCAUAAUGGCCCUUUUAAAGUCUCGCCACAAAAGCCGGGCAGGGCACCAGUUUUCUGCCUUUAUCAGCCUGCUGACUAAGCUUCGAGGAAUCAGUGAGGAAUAUCAUGCCGUUUAUCGUAAGAUUUGUGAGGACAAGGUUCUUAUAACAAGGGCCCCUGAAUUACUGGCCAUGUUGUUUGAUGAAUGACAGAGGCAUAAUUUUAGAUGAAUUGUUAACUGUUACUAUGUUUUUUUAAAAUUUGAUUUAUUACUAUGGAGUCAUUUAAAUCAUUAGCUAUAGGGAGGGGGUGUCAUUAUAUGUGGUAUUUAUGUGGAUCAGUUUUCCUCUUUGAGUUUUUAAAACUCAAUGUAUAGUAGCAUUGCAGAUUUACUGCAUUGUUACAACCUUGUAGUGUACAUAAUACAUGUUAAGGAGAUUUUAAAAUGUUAAUUUUCUAAAAGAAAUGUUUACCUGUAUCUUUAGACAAAUUAAAAAAAAAUCACAACCUUUAAUGGAGCUUUGGACUCAAAACUGGUUUGCAACAAUCUUAUAUAUCAUAUAUUAUAGUUUUUAACUAAUUAUUAUUACAGUAAUCAUGUAUAAGCUUUGUUUUAAACUUAAUUUGUCUGAUCACACAUCGUCCUAUGUCCCUCUGACUGUCCAUAAACGUUUUUACAUUUUUUCUGAAAGCAUAUAUCUGUAUAUCAUCAUCAGGGCCUAGUUAUAUCAUUCCAAAUGUUAUAUAUUUGUAUACUGUGAUGGGAAAAUUAUACCAAAGUUUUAAUAUUAAGUAAACAUACGUAUGGUGUCUUGAUGUUUUGAAGUGACAAUGGAUAAAAGGCAGCUUUGAUUUUGUAUGAUGUCUUUGUAUAUAGAAUGUCUUGGGUAUACAUGCAUGUGUAUCUUUACUGGGUAAGGUUACAUUUUGUUUGGUAAUGCAGGCAAUAUGAAUCAAUUUGUCACACUUGUAUUUAUGUGCAUGGAUUUAAUCCCUAUAAAUUUCAUUUUUUAUAACUAUAUAUUUAUAUCAGUUUAAAAAGUGUUUCAAUUUUGUGUGAAUAUUGAUUGGCCAUGCAAGGUGCUCAACAACAUAACUAAAGUUUUCCAGGAAUAAAAAAAGUAAAUGUUAGGAAUGAAACAAGGUAAAAAAUGAUAUUCUUGCUUUUGUUUAAA